CAGAAAUGUUUUGAUUUUGGCCAGAUAAUGGGGGCGUAUGUUAAUCACAGGUCACGUUCACAGAUUGGCUACAGCGCGGUUCGACAGCCGUCAAUCUUCACAGAGCUCAACACUGAUUGGAUCCAGCUCACUUCACCGCAACCCUCAAACAAGUAAACGUCAAAGAACUAAGAAGCUGCGCCAUUCACGUACAUCUUACGUUAUUUUUAUGGCGGAACGGCCGUCGUGGCUCUUCACUGUACGUAUUUGUCGUUAGAGAUCUACCUCUCGGCAGCAGGUGAGGUCAAAUGCAGAGGAAAGGAGCGGAAGAGCUUUGCUGACAGGUGGAAAAUAUUUUAGCUUUAAGCUAAAAAGAAACAAAUGGACGAGAAUAAAACGGCACUGACCGAGAGCCUCAUAAUAUGGCUGCAGACCUUCAACACUCCUGCACCCUGCAGAACAGUGGAGGAGCUGACCAGUGGAGCGGCAAUGUCACAGGCACUGCAUCAAAUAGACCCAGCUUGGUUCACUGAUGGAUGGCUCAGUCGUAUCAAAACAGACAUUGAGGAUAAAUGGAGACUGAAGAUGAACAACCUGAAGAAGAUCCUUCAGAUGGUGGUUGAUUAUUAUAAUGAGGUCUUAGCCCAGGAAAUCUCAGACUUCCCCUUGCCAGAUCUGGCCCUGGCGGCAGAGCAUUCAGACCCUGUGGAGCUGGGGAGGCUGCUGCAGCUCAUACUGGGCUGUGCUGUCAGAUGUGAGCGUAAACAAGAAUACAUCCAGAUCAUCAUGACGUUGGAGGAGUCAGUGCAGCAUGUUGUCAUGACAGCCAUCCAGGAGCUCAUGAGUAAAGAGACCAUGGCCACAUUUGGAGCAGAACUGUCAGGGGACUUGGAACAGCAGCUAAAAAAAGCCCUAGAGGACCUCGCCGAACUUCUAGCAGAGAAGGAAGCAUUAGCCCAACGCUGUCAAGAGCUGGACAUACAGGUGGCUGUUCUUCAAGAGGAACGGAACAGCUUAUUGGCCGAGAAUGACGUCCUAACAGACCGAGCCAAUCAGCUGGACACAUUUGACGACCCAAGCACACCCUCAGGAAGAAAACACAGCCAGUUGCAGCAACAGUUUGAGGCGCUGCAGGAGGAGAACUUCAGGUGUGUCACUUUCAGUGUACUGCAUCAACCUCAUUAUACAAGGCUGGAGGCCGCUAAGGAUGACUACCGCAUCCACUGUGAAGAGUUGGAGAAGCAGCUGAUUGAGGUUCAGCACCGUAACGACGAGCUCACCAGCCUGGCAGAAGAAUCUCGAGCUCUCAAAGAUGAACUGGACGUUCUGAGGAACUGCUCAGAUCGGGUGGUGAUGCUGGAGGCCUCAGUGGAAACGUACAAACGUAAGCUGGAGAAUUUAGGUGAUCUGAAGAGGCAGAUGAAGCUGCUGGAGGAGAAUAACAUGACCUACAUGCACAACACUGUUAGCUUGGAGGAAGAACUGCGCAAGGCCAACGCUGCCCGCGCUCAGCUUGAGACGUACAAGAGACAGGUCCAGGAGCUACACAGGAAGUUGUCUGAGGAGACGAGACGAGCAGACAACCUGGCCUUUGAGAUGAAGAAGUUAGGGGAAAAGCACGAGACUGUGAUGAAAGAGAAAGAGAGAAUCAUUAUUGAGAGAGAGUCUCUGAAGGAGAUCAAUGAGGAGCUGCGAUGCACUCAGGCUCAACAGCACCAGCUCGCCCAAGCAGGGAUGCUUCCUUCUGGCAGCCCCAGCCAUGAUAACCUGGCAGCUGAGUUAAUACCCAUUGAGUACAGAGAAAAGUUCAUCAGGCUGCAGCACGAGAAUAAGAUGCUGAGAGUGCAGCAGGAGGAAUGUGAGAGGGAGAAGAUCGCUUCACUGCAAGCUCAGCUGGGGGAAGCACAUAAGACACGCAGUGAAUUGGACACUGAGAACAGACUGAGUCGAGAGCGGAUCAGUGAGCUGCAGCAGCAGGUCGAGGACCUCCAGAGGGCUCUGCAGAGUCAGGCGGCCAAACCCGAUGAUUCAAACCUGAAGCGGAAACUUGAUGCGCACAUGGUCCAGCUGAACGAGGCUCAGGACGAAAUCAUGAAGAAGAAAGAGCUGCUGGAGGACCUUCAGCCUGACAACACUCAAACUUCCUUGAAGGUGGAUGAGCUGAUGGCUGCCCUGAAGAAGAAGGAUGAUGACAUGAGGGCCAUGGAAGAGAGGUACAAAAUGUACCUGGAGAAAGCUCGCAAUGUGAUCCGAGCGCUGGAUCCUAAACUAAACCCAGCCACCGCUGAGAUCCACUCUCUGAGGAACCAGUUAGCAGAUCGGGACAAGCAGAUUCUCAACCUGGAGCGUCAAUGUGAGCAGGCCAGACUGAGAGAGUAUGAGGAAAAGCUGAUCGUCACAGCGUGGUAUAACAAGAGUCUGAACUUUCAGAAGUUGGCAAUUGAAUCACGACUGGGUGGCUGCUCCUCCUCCGUGGUGUCCCCCGGUCAGUCCUUCUUGUCCCAGCAGCGGCAAGUCUCAAACGCCCCACGCCGGGCACUCUCCAUCAGCGUGCCUGCCACUAACUCCAAGUAGACCUUGUCAUAGAGCUAAAUGUCUCACCUUUAUUCAGUUAAGGGAAAAAUACCCUCCCUCACUCCCUCCCACCAGUGAGCACUCAAGUGACCUUAAACACAUCUGAGCUCUUACUUAAUCAAACACAACCCUAUAGGUCGCCCACCUGAGGUUAUAGCAAACUGUCCCACAAUACACUGGCUACAGGCUGACCUUUCAUAGAACAUGAACCCACAACCUGUGUUCACCUCAUUAGCUAAAGUAGCGCAUACUCUCCCAACCAUAGACUUAGAACAUAUUUCCCAUCUGCUCUGUGUUUGCUUUGCCAACUGCAAAUCAUCAAUUUAGCCUUCAUUCUCUUCUAUCCUGUCAUUCUGUGUACUCGAUCAGGAAUGAGAGAAACGUAAUUGAAUGCUUAGCUAUUUUAUUCAGAAUCUGAGCCCGUAAUAUAUAUGAAUGUGAAUGUGAUUUUUUUUUUUUUUUUUUUUUAAAGGGUUAUUUGAAUGCUAAAUCUAACUUCAGAUGAUUGUUGAUGUAUGUACCAUCAUACUAUGCAGUUAAGGAGGUACUAAUGUCAGACAAAUGUUCUUUGAAUGUCUUUGAGAAAAUGAUUGCUAUAUUUGGUGCUGGCCACCAACUGCUUUUAAGCAUCAAACAGACACUUAAAAUUUUUUCUACUAAAAUGGAACAAGCCCAUCGUGUAAAGCUGUGAAAAAUCCUAGAAAUCAUAUUAAGUAAAAUCAACCUCUGAGGUGCUGCAACAACGAAUCCUACACAAGAAAUCCAAGACUAGUCACUCUGUUUAUCAUGUAUUUUCAGUACUAAAGUGUGAUUUGACUUCCUUACUGCUCCUUAAUGCUCUAAAUGAAAACUGGCAGGCCUUUCUAUUCACUGAAUAUCUUGAAUCUUAUGUAGUAGUGAGUAAUCAAGUCUAUAAUCGAUUAAGUUGUACAGCUGUAAUGUAAACAUGAUUUUAGCACCAGCUUCUGAUCCUAAAUGUCAGAACCAGGUUAAGCUUUCAUACAGUACCUGCAAGUUGUAACUUGAGAGUUUUAAUUACUGUAGUCGAUAUUGUAUUUAAUCAUGGAUAUGUUUCAGGCUGUUUUAGUGUCGGUGGAGGUUCAGAGUGAAGAGCGCUGUAGAGAAGCAGGUGUUUUCUUUGAUAUUGUGGGAUAUUGGCUGUCCAACCUUUAUCGAGUCUUAAGUUAAACUGCACUAGUUUCACAACAUGAAAUGGCUGUUGAUCGCCUUGUCACUCUGUAUGUUUGCAAUAACACUAAAGAGGCAUUCUUUUAUGAUGGUUUUGCCAUGUGUGAUCGAUAGCUGUAUGUCAAAGUGCUUUUAUUUUCCUUUGCAGCGGAUGAUUCCUGUAGAUUGCUGAUUUAAAAGCAUUUACAUGAAAAUAAGAAGUGCGAUCAAGUGUAGCACAGCACAGGAACUACGUUAUACGUUUGUGUGUACAUAAAGAAAAGUUAGGAAGGCAUUAUGAAUUUUCAGGAAUUUAAGGAGUUAAAAUUUUAAAUCAUUUUGGUUUUCUUGUGAAUAAAUAAAAUCUUUUUCUAAAAGUG